AUGGGACAGUCUUCAUCUACGGCUCGAAAUCCAUCCGAUAUUGGCUACCCGGAUUACUUCAACCCGGCCUCGAUUGUGCGUGACCCCGGAACGCGGGAUGAAGACAUGAACCACAGGCAACUAUAUGAACAGAAUGGAGAGGCCGGCACCUCAUCCUCAGCGGAAACAGAUCUAAAUAGUCAACAUGAAUCUUUCUCGAACCAAACGAAUGGGCCACCCGAAACAAGGCAACAGCCGAUAAGAUACUCCGAAGGAGGGUCGCAUUCAAUGCGAAGCAUCGGAGAGGAAGAUGCAUCAGAAUUGGAGGGAAAUGAGCGGGAAUAUCGUUCUGCAGCCAUAACACGCAUGGCGGCGAGGAGACAAUCUACUAUGUCAAGACUGGGCUCUAGGAUCCUCCCCAACUCAGUCAUCCGAGGGCUUCUUAGUAGUCAGGAAGAGACGCCUGCGGAGGGACAUGCACACCGCCAUGGGUUGGUAUCGAGAACUCCACCAAGGUCCGAAUCGACGCAUAGCAGCGGCCGCUUCAGCCCCUUCAGUGUACUUGGUUCUCGGGGGAUCAGCCGCCGACGUUCCGCUCGGGGGCAAUAUCAUAUUCCCCCACGUGCAGAAUCAUCGGUCAUGGUGGAUACGGCACCAGGGCCCCCUAUUCUUGAUAAUACCACCGAACGACUAGCUGAGCCUAGUCGAAGUUCUUGGCGCCGGAGCGCUCGCCUGCAUCGAGUGCGCCAUUCUUUGUCAACACCGAUAUCUCACAUGUUUGGUCAACCUUCGUCAAAUGUUUCAACACUGCAUGACGAAUCCCAACGACUAUCGUAUGGACAAUCCAUGAGUGAUAGACCCCCCAGUGCUAUGGAUACUCGCCUCGAUUUUGGAGAACCUUUACAUGAGUUGGAUUCGGUUGAGCCCAGCAUUCACGCCAAUGCCACCGUUCCUUCUGGCAAUCCCCAAUUCGUGCGCCGCCUGCCUGGUCUUCUAAGAGCACGAUCCACACGAUCUUUGCGGGGAGAAGAGCCAACACCUCUUUCUCGGGUUCUACAGCUUGCUGCAGCUGCAAUUGCAGCUCAAUUGUCUGGCGCCAAUGGACCGCCCUUACCAAACAUACAAGCACUUGGGAAUGAUGGGCUAGGCGGGUCACUUGAAAACUUCAUUCAGAGCUUGCAGAGCGCUACAUCUGCCCAAGCUCAGCCGGCGGCAUCGACAGAGGGACCGAGCAUUUCUGCAAAUGAUGGUCCUCCACCUCCGGUCAAUUUUCUACGAGUCUUUCGGUUCGCAAAUGCUGAUUCUCCUGCUGGUGUCAAUCCACUUGGCCGUAACAAUAAUGGAUUUGAGAACCCCGCACAUCCUUCGGAUGGAAUGUCUGUUGAUGAGCCCGCAGAUACGACCGAGGGACGCACAGUGACCUUGGUCGUUGUCGGUGUCAGAUCGGUUCAAGCUGGCAGUAGCAAUGGGACCGGAAGUGAGCAAGGCCCACCGGCUCCAGGAGGUCCGGGACUGGAAGCUCUGCUUGGGUUGCCGUUUCUUCCACCAAGUACUAUCCCACGACCACACGAGGCACCGGGUGAUUUUGGACAUCGAACAGAUAGACGCGCAAGACUGCAUGUUCCACGUUCUGCGGGUUCCCCGGGGUUCCAGGUUCCCAAUCUACCGGAUUUGUUACGGCACCCCGGCACAAACACAUCCAGGAGAUUAUCCGAUGUCGGUUCUCGCAUCGGCCUGCCGAAUUUUCCUCUUUCCGCAUUAUCAGAGAGCCCUCCAGGUCCUCACCCUCCUCCCUCUACACCAGCUGAGCAGGGCUUGUCAGCUGUGUCAUCUAGUACCUCGACGCCAAGUCGACUGCCAUCAUCUGCAUCGGCCAUGUCACCCAGCAUUUUACCGCAGCUGCACGAGAAUCGCUCUAUGCAGCCCGUUAUAGAUGAAACAGUCCCACCACCAAGCGCUGCACGACACCGUCGUCGAAGCGAUUCUGAGUACGCUCGCCACCGUGCCCUUGGUUCUGGAUCGGUCCGUCGCAACGGCGUGGUUGAGCCCGACCAACCUCCCCCAAGCGGGGGUCGAAGCUGGCUGAUCUACGUUGUUGGAACUAAUUUAUCAGAAAACCAUCCGGCUCUCACAACCCCUAGUCUCUUCACUGAUAACCCUACUUAUGAGGACAUGAUUCUUCUCUCGUCACUUUUGGGCCCAGCAAAGCCUCCCGUUGCCACCCAAGCCGACAUUAAUUCCGCAGGCGGAUUAUUCCGACUCGUUGAAUAUGAAGGGUCAUUGGUCGCCGAAUCUGUGAAUGGCGCCAGCGCCAUUCAUAUUCAGGAUGGAGAGCGUUGUUUGAUCUGUCUGAGUGACUACGAAGUAGCCGAAGAGGUCCGGGAGCUUGUGAAAUGCAAGCAUGUCUUCCACCGGGACUGUAUUGACCAGUGGCUGACGACUGGGCGAAACUCAUGUCCUUUAUGCCGAGGCGAGGGUGUCGAUGAAACACCCAGUAACGAUGAUGCUGCUCCUCCUGAUGCUAUCCCAGCUUCCGCUCCCGAAGUUACCGCUAUUUGA